AUGAAUCUCGCAAACUACUCGUACUACGCCGGCAUGUGCAACAUGACCGCGGAUACGCAGCACUCUCCCGCAGAGGUCAGCCCGGUGGUCCUUUCUCCCAACGUCAGUCUGGACUCGCCGCUGCCCCCCCUCAUGUUGCAAUCUCGCUCUAAGGACGGUGUGCUGAUCAAGUCGGAGCCGAGGGGGAACAGCCCCGACGCCGAGGACGCAGUGAUGCUGGGCCAGACGGAUCAGGAGCACCUGCCUACCGGCAGCCGGCGCAGGAAGAGGCCGGUGCAGCGGGGCAAACCACCCUAUAGCUACAUCGCCCUAAUCGCGAUGGCGAUCGCCAACUCCCCCGAGAGGAAGCUCACCUUGGGGGGGAUCUACAAAUUCAUCAUGGAGCGCUUUCCGUUCUACAGGGAGAACUCCAAGAAGUGGCAGAACUCCAUCCGUCACAACCUGACCCUCAACGACUGUUUCGUUAAGAUCCCGCGAGAGCCCGGCAGGCCCGGCAAGGGCAACUACUGGACACUCGAUCCUGCCGCCGAGGAUAUGUUCGACAACGGGAGCUUCCUGAGGAGACGGAAGCGAUUCAAGCGCACAGAUGUCAGCACCUAUCCGGGCUACAUCCAGAGCUCCAGCGCCUUCACUCCCACCCCGAUGGGAAGGCCUACCUAUCCCAACACCCUUUAUGCAGGGAUCGGGUCUGGUUACGGCCCCCAGCUCACCACUUCCUCGCCGCACCCGGCCAUGUUGCAUCACUACCAGACGUCCGCCGGAGUGUGCCAAGCACAACCUCGCAUGUUCAGCAUCGACAACAUCAUCAGCCCCCAGACGGUCGGGGAACUCAACCCCCAAGCUCUCCAAGGACUCGGCGGUGGCGACCUGAGCGCCAUGACAUCCAGCUGCUCCGUCACCGGGGUGGACCCUUCGGCCUGUUUCCAGACCCAAGCCGUCAAUCAGUCCGCCAACAUGUUGAGUCGAAACAAUAUCUCCUCCAACCUCACCCCGGCGUACCCUUAUUCCUCCCCGACCUCGCCUCCAAACCUGUCCGGCAUGACCCAGUCUGGAUUCUCCCCCGGGGGUUCUCAGGUGUACUGCCCGGGCAACAGGCUCUCUCUUCCGGCUCUGCGACCGAGUUCCUGCGCGGAGCACACGGAGCAGCUUUUGGGCCUCUCAGGCCCGGUCAACACUUACAACAACUCCUACAUGAGACAGGCCAACUUUGCAUCGGGACUGGAGCGAUACAUGUGA